UCUUCUACGCGAAAAACCAAGCUUGUAGUUAUCUGAUAAGCUCGACGUUACUUGCAGAUCUUCUUAUGAUGGCCGGUGCUAUCCUAAUUGGCUACGUUUCGUGCCUUCUUCAACAAGGAUUAGGUUCCUCACUUUUCUCCAAGAUGAAAGGGUUUCCCCAAUCUAUAUUCAACGAAGCUGUAUGGCCGUCGUUCAGACAACUCAUCCGGGACCUUCCAAAAGUCGCGAUGGAAGCACCUGAGUGGCGUUCUUGCUCACUCCAUUCCCUCGAGUUUCAUAAACAAUAUUCCAAGAAGAGGCCUUACUCCACUGAAAGAUUCUCUCGUGAUGCCUGAAGACGAAACUGAACCCGCCCCACCUCUAAAGCAGAGGACUCCGGCUCCUCUUUCCGAAACCAGACAGGUUAGUGAGAGACCGGACGAAGCAAAACUCCAUAAACUUAGAUCGACCAGCACGAAAGAUCCAUCUCUGUCAACCAAGUAUCGGUCAUCCAGGAGACAAGAAUACGCUGAGUUUUAUGGAUCAAGCGAGGCUCCUCAGCACGGGAAGGUGAGGUCUAAGGGCCGGAAGGAGAGAAGCAAGCACUGCCACAGAGAGAGAGGCGGAGAUGCAACUUUUGGAGCAGCGCCAGUGGUGGAGACGAAGCCCGGUGAAGCCAAGCCCGCCGGCUACGAGAAUACCAAGUACGAUCCGUACAACUUCCUGAGCAGAUACGGAGGAGAUUCUUACCGUUUCAAUUAAAGCCCAAAGAUCAUUCUAGAUCAUAUCUGCUUGCUGCAUCUCUUAUAACAUAGGGGUGUUGAGUUGCUCUUGACAGAUGGAUCAUCAUCACCGUCUCUCUUCGGUCUUCAAAAUUAGUCGAGGCAAAAAAAGACUAUGUUUUCAUCUGCACCGUUCCAUCGUUGCGAAGAAUGGGAUGUGCCGGAUCCUCGCAGGCGAAGGCAAAAGGUAAGAGAGGAUCUGAUCUUAGUAUACUCUGUUCACUGCAUAGUUUCCACCAUUUGAUGGUGGCACUGGCACUGCCCUCGACAGGAGGCAUUAACCGGAUAAAGAAACCGAGGUCGUGGAAACAUCCACAGCCGAUCACCAUAUGUCAGCUGAUACAGCUGAGAGACGAGUUCGGGGAUACUGCACCUCACUAUGGUGGUAGGAAAGAAAUCUGGGAUGCACUCAGAGCAGCAGCGGAAGCUGAUCCAAAGCUUGCUCAGGCGAUUGUGAAGAGCGCCGGGAUCAUACUGCAGAAUCCUGAUAUGACAGUGUGUUUCGACGAAAGAGGUGCAAGAUAUGAAUUACCUAAGUACGUUUUGAGCGAGCCCAGGAACCUGAUUCGAAAUUCUUGAUAAGAGAAGGAAAGCUCACCAUGUUUGAUGUUGAACUUGGCUGAAAACAGCCACCCUAUUCGUCAAGCCCAGAAAUAUAUGACUGUAAUUGUUGGAACAAGAUUCUGCAGAUUUUCCAUGAGAAAUAGAGUGUAUAGCAUGUUGUUUGGUUUCUAAAGUUAUCCAACGACAACUUUGACAA